AUGAGCUCUAUACCAACACCAAUAUCACUGCAAAUCAUCGUGGUCGGUGGCGGCAUCUGUGGUCUCUCCACCGCCAUCGCCCUUCGCCGGGCGGGUCACCAUGUGACCGUGUAUGAGAAGUACCCCGCCAACGCGGAUGCUGGGGCCGGGAUUGUCGUAGGCGCCAAUGCUGUUAAGAUCCUGAAGCAGUGGGGUCUCGAUCUGGAGGCAGCUGGCAUGCUCAAAUACAAGGCCGGCUAUAUCAUUGAAGGCAAAACGCUCAAGGUGCUAGACAUUGUCUAUGGAGAGGGCAGCCAUGUGAACGAUGAGAAGAGCAAUGGCGAGUCAAGUUACAUGACUACAAGAUCUGACUUGAGGUCGAUGCUGAGAAAGGAAGUUGAGAGGGACGCACCAGGGCAAGGCACUAUUGAAGUCCGGUAUGCGACGGAGAUCCUGGAUUAUGACCCAGAAGCACCAGCGGUCAGGUUUGCGGACGGGAGCUGGAAAUCAGCAGACUUUGUGGUCGCGUGUGAUGGGAUUAGGAGCAAAGCUGCAAGAAUUGUGUGCGGCAGAGCCAAUCCACCAAAGACCACAGGUAUUUCGGCUUUCAGAAUGCUGAUACCAGCUGAAAAGCUGACCGAGGUCGAGGAAAAAUUCAAACACGAAGAUCUGAUCCGAGAAAAGUUCAACGAGGACAAAGGCACGAUCUGGUUUAUCCGUGGAAAGGACAGACUCGCCGUGUGGUGGACGUGUCGCUUUGGCAAGAUUCAAGCCUUUGAUAUAUACAUGCCCGACAACGAAAAUUAUGCCAGCAGCGAGGAUUGGACAGCCAGAUGCAACAAGCAGGUUCUUCUUGAUGAGUUUGGGCAGUGGCAUCCAUUGUUCGCGGAGAUGUUCAGCACCGCCGAUGACGAUCCGAUGUUGUGGAAAGUGUGUGCCAGAGAGCCUCUGGACACCUUGCACAAAGGAAAUUUGUGCAUGCUGGGCGAUGCCUUACACUCGAUGCCUCCGUUCCGAGGGCAAGGAGGCAGCCAGUCCAUCGAGGAUGCCGGAGUUCUCGAAAUGAUCGCAGCCAACAUCACCGACAAGGCUGACCUGCCGAAACGGUUCGAGAUAUUGGAAAGGCUGAGAGUUCCGAGGUAUUCCUGUAUCCAAACGGUCUCCACGGUCCGCCAAGACGAGGUCAACAUGGAAGAACGCUAUCUCGAGGUGUUUGAUCAAUGUCGAAAAUGGUUUGGGGGAGAGGAUCAAUCUCACCGUGAGUUGGAUUCCCGACUGAGUAGAUGA